GGUCAAUCAGCUGAAACGCCUUCGAAACGCAUUCCGCUCGAGUCGCCAGCUUGAGCCUUGAGCUCUGAGUAUGGCGUCGAACUUGGAGGCCAUAGAUGAACUUACGUCCCGACCAUCUACCGUUCAGUUCCUGAGGGAGGAGUACCGUGAGUCCUAUCCUUUUCGCACAGCCUUCGAAGCGAGGUUCGGGCUGCGCCGGAGGGAAAUUCCGACCGCCGACUUCAUCCGGAGUUUCAGCCAGGCGCCUUUGAAGGAUUCCAGGCUCUAUGAGUUGAGAGUGCACCACGGGUCCAUCGCCAGGUCGAAAACCGCCAAGGCCCUCGAGCAGGCCGCGGAGAAGAAGGCCACCACGCGAGGGCGCCGCCGGGAGCUGACCUCCGCCGAGCAGCUACGCCAGCUCUGCGACGCCAUGCGCGGCUUGGAGAAGCGACGCUCGCGUACCGAAAGUAAGGAAGCCCGUCGCCGCGCGGAGACCCUCAGCCCCGCGGCGAGCUUCCGGGAUGACCUACUAGAAAGACAACGAGCUCAAACUGCACCCUGAGGAUCGCGUCAAAAGACGCGACCUCUGCGAAGGACACAGGACGUUGGAGGUCUUGCCCGUCUAAAGACAGGCCUCGCCCUCCUCAGACAUGCGCUGAAGACAUUUUCAACAAAUGCACCCGGCAUUGGCUCAGCACUGGGAUCUCGAGAUGUAUUUCUCCCAGAGUUCUCGGACUUU